UUUUUUGUUUGUCUUUUUUCCCCCUCAGAGCCCAGUGUAUUACUCUUGUAAUGCCAGCUUGAUUUCCUCUUAUGAUAAGGUUUUGAAAACAAAAUGUGAUCUGAAUGUGACUUGCUUCAGACAACUAUAAUGCUUGACUGCAUCUUUUUGUAAUUGUCAUCUAGGAAGUGCAGAGGGUUGGACUCCUAAGGAGAGUCACUUUAUCCUCUGGGCAAAUGUAGUCUGGAUGGAAGGGAUGAGGGGCUCUAAAGUCAAGCUGAGCUGCUGGAAUGAGUAUGAGAGGGAGGCAGGAAUAGAUGGGACCUGCGGUGGAGCUGUGAGAGUUUCCCCUGCCCAAGCCAGCGCUGGGUGUCUGAGGUUCAGUGGACAGUCACCCUUAACAAAUGACCCCCCAAAAAGCCCAAACCCCCUCCUGAGUCCAAAGCAAAGCUGAAUGUUGGCUGGGGGACUAUAAAAUCACAGUGAGCAUCAGCCCGUGGUCCAGAUAUGUGGGGCUGUGGCUGUUGUCCCAUCUUUUCUAGUAGAGCUUUUUGGACACAGAGCUGUUGCUACAUGCUGGUGACAGGGAAGGGCGAGCGAUGCUCUUGCCUAUGGUGGGGCAUUUGUGGCUUGGCCUGCCUCAUCCUGACUCUCCAAAGUGAAACUCGGGUUCUUUUCCUCCCCCAGAAGCAGCAGAUUAAGUAUUAGCCCUGCAAUGACUCUUUAGAACUCUUGCUCCAAAAGCGAGGGCUUAAAUAAAGCCAAAGAUUUUCUACUUGUUCGAUUUUAACCAGGAAAAACAUUGCUACUGUCUCUUAAGUGGUGGAAUGAAGCUACUUGACUUUUCCUGUUCUUCAUCAGUGCCUGGUUUCUGGAAAUGUGGUGCUAAUGGAAUAUUUCCUGAUCAUUUUUUCUUUCAUUACUAUUUUUGUUAACAUUGUUGGUGCUAAACUCAGCUUUUUGUUCUCUUAAUGACACCGUGGUUGAACUACUGCAUGAUUAGCCCAUAAGACCUGUUGGUAAUUCUUUGCAUCUGGGGGUUUUUAAUCACUGUAAAAGCACACUUUCAUUGUGGUUUCCUUUUAUGCUUGCUGUACGCAUGUUUUCACUUGUUCUCAAGUCUUUUAUUUUCAACGUUUUCAAUUGAGGGUAAGUAGAGAUGAGUUUUUCCCCCCUCUCCCUCUAUAGGCUCUUCAGAGCAAACCCAGCUAGGAUAAGCAAAGUGCAUCUUCUCAGGCAGUUUGCAGCCUAUAACCCAAAUUCUAACCUAACCCAGGAAAGGGGGAAAAAGACAGGGGGAAGGGGCAAUGGGGGUCUCACCAAGAGAAGGGAAAGAACAUUUCUGCUGUAGCUUUGGGUGAAGUAUUUUCCUGGGGGCCUUUGGUGAUGGUGUCAGUGCUAUGGGCUGGAUUAGACUUAAGAUGCAGCAUUUCCAGUUACCAUAAGGCUUAGAAAAGCUUAAACCCUCCACCCUGAGCAUAACAAACCUCUUCAUUAUGACUUUUCUUGCCAGUCUCUGAAUGCUAAACAUUGUGCACAUGUUAACACUAUAGUUUCUCUGCCCCCCCCCCCCCCCAUUAUUUUAUACAGUAAAUGACAUUGCAUGACUUUCUGACUGGUUUUAUGUUGUUCCCGUUCUUUUCAUGCCUGUCUAUGUGGGGCAAAGGAGGGGAGGAGAGGGUGGCCUGUGGUACACAAGAGGAUCUCGCCCCUUGGCUAACGUGUCCACAGAUUGCCUGAGAAACAGGGUAGAGUGGCAUUCCAGGAGUGGGGUUUAGCUCUUGUAGCUGGGUUCUCUUUUUAACUCAAUCUCAAAUAAUAGGGCUCUGGUUAUUUUGCAGAGUGUCUCUGAAGAAUGGACAGAAUUGCCAUGGCUAACUACAAGCUACAGUUCACAGUGGACAAACGUUGUAGUUUUCUUAUUUACUUUUAUAAACUUUCAUUUAUUUCUUUUCCCUUUUCUUUCUUUCCUUCUUUAUUUGUUCCCCUUCUCCUCUCUCGUAGUUUCCGAUCAGUCCUGUAUGAUUGCUGUUGUACAAAUGCACUUGAAAUGAUGUCUGAUAUGUAGUGUUCUCUUUUUUUUCCUUUUUUUUUUCUCUUUUAAGACAUGAAUGUUUCAGUGUUUUGAUUUUUUUUCUUCAAUAAUUUCUGAAAAUGUCAAUCUCUCAAAAUUUACAGCUGCCCACAGGCCAAAAAGGGGGUAACGAAUUGACCCGAGAAAAUUAAAGAAUUCAGUUAACAGGCGACAGAUGCACGUGUGGUUAAGGACAUGGCAACGGGGAAAUCUAAAGGAUAUGGCUUCGUCUCCUUCUUCAACAAAUGGGAUGCAGAGAACGCGAUUCAGCAGAUGGGUGGUCAGUGGCUUGGUGGAAGGCAAAUCAGAACAAACUGGGCGACAAGAAAACCUCCGGCUCCAAAGAGUACAUAUGAAUCAAACGCCAAGCAACUGUCUUACGACGAUGUGGUCAAUCAGUCCAGCCCGAGCAACUGCACCGUGUACUGUGGAGGUGUCACCUCAGGGCUCACAGAGCAGCUGAUGCGCCAGACCUUUUCUCCCUUCGGGCAGAUUAUGGAAAUCCGAGUGUUCCCGGAUAAAGGCUACUCCUUUGUACGGUUCAAUUCCCACGAGAGCGCCGCGCAUGCGAUUGUGUCCGUCAAUGGGACGACUAUAGAAGGACACGUAGUGAAGUGCUACUGGGGCAAGGAGACACCAGACAUGGUCAAUCCAGUCCAGCAGAGCCAAGUGAGCUACCCGCCGGCGUACGGGCAGUGGGGGCAGUGGUAUGGCAGUGCCCAGAUCGGGCAGUACGUGCCCAACGGCUGGCAGGUCCCUGCCUAUGGAGUGUACAGCCAAGCAUGGAAUCAGCAGGGGUUUAGCCAGACACAGUCUUCAGCACCAUGGAUGGGCGCUAACUACAGCGUGCAGCCACCACAGGGGCAGAACGGGAGCGUGAUCACCAACCAGACGGGAUACCGUGUGGCAGGGUUUGAAACACCCUGAGGGAGGAGAGCAGCAGGAGACUCCCAGAAGUGUCUGUCACCACCAGGAUUUAUCCCAUCCAGCGGAUGCCAUGUAUUUAUUUAAGCAAGAGGAGAAAAGGGGGUUGGGGUUGGGGAGGGGGAGGGAAGAAAAAGGAGAAAAUCCCCACAAAACAGCAUUUUUUUGAUCCUGAAAUUAUCAUCCCCAUUGUUUAAAAACCAAAACCGAAUCCCACGACACGAGAUGCUGGAUAGCCGCCGACUUUUGCCUUCUUUUUCCUCCUUUCUGUGCUUCUUAAACCCCUGCGGGUUUGGAAGCGCAGCCGAACGCAGGGACUAAGUGCCACCAGGACCGGGGGGCAGCACAUUGCACAACGUUGAACCUUUUUUGGGGUUUCUUGGGUGGUUUUCUUGGCUUUCCUGGGAAGCAGCGUGUGCCGUUGGCCUUCCCAGCGCUUCCCACCAAUGUAUUAUAAAUCGCUGUACAAAACCCAUCCUUAACAAACACAAGUUAAAAGCAUGUGGAUCCUGAAGCCUUUUAAACACCCCUCUUGUACAAAGCCUCCGUCCCUCCACUUUUGUUACACUGGGGGUUAUUGUUUGGAUGCUAAAUUACUGAUUUACAUCAUUUUUAUAGCUCAGUGUCUUUCAGGGUGGGCUCAGCCUCAGCUCAGCACCAAGGGACAGCAGAGUUCCUGUUUUCACUCUACCACGAAGGCAGGGUCUUGGUUUCCUUAUUGGUUGGGUUCUUUUUUUACUGAUUUCUACAUGGACAUGUGCCGGUUCUGUAAAAUAUUUUAGCAAAUUCAGGUUUUGCACAA